GUGUUUCUUGGAAAAAAUAAAAAUGACGUUUCUUCUCUUCGAGACGUAGAGGAUUCGUGAAACGUCCCUCGCUCUCGUUGCACGUCUCGAUUCUCGACACCAACACCAACACACUAGAGCGGAGGACGAAGCCUAUUUUACCAGUAAUAAGUAUCAGAACUAUAAAAGUAGUACAUCAGGAUCACGUCAAACGUUGACGGAACACCUGUACCGAAAUUACACCAGUAUUAAAGCCAUCAAAUAAAAUGACGAGUUACAUAUUUUUAAGUCUUUUCAUGCUGUCUUUGUCGGCCUUCGUCAGCACCGAAGACAUCCUAAUGUCCCAGGUGUUUGUCAUUCCAAUCACUCCGAGCAUUUUUGGUUGGAAUAUGGAAGGUUUUUAUACACGCCGUUUUUCCUACCAGUCUUCAUUACUAAAUUCUCCAGAUUUGCCAUCCUGGAUUCACUACGUUUACAGUGAAAGAGCUCGACAAGGAUUUCUUUAUGGAGUCGCUCCUCGAAAUCAGAAGGAUUUUAAGUUAGAAAUUGUCGCAUUGGAUAAGAAGACCUUCGAGACAAGAAACAAAAUCCUGGAUAUGAAUAUCCUCGAAAAUGAGAAUAUGACGAAGUACGAGAUACAAUUGAAAAUAGACAAUCUGAACGUGGAGGACAUGCUCGAUUCCAAAAGGGUGGAUGAACUCCUCGAUAUUUUCAAGAGGAAGCUUUGGAAAGAAGCCGCAGAUUUGCAAUUGACCUUCUUGGCAUCUGCAGUCGAACUCGGUGCCCGAUUGCCCCUCCAGCCUAGUGAAGGCGAAGGAGUUGUUUUGAGACUUGGAAGCUCUGUGCCAUUUUCAAAUGAUCUACAACGUGUAGAAAAUGAGGUGAAGCCACUUCGAAAAAAAUCCUCUUGCCCAAGGGACUAUAAAAGAACGAGUGUUGAAACUCAUUUUAGAAGUGCUGACUUUGUUCUGGACUGGUGUUCCUUCAGAUUGAUCGAGGAGAGCCAUAGUUUACAUCAGGAAAGUGCAAGAAGAGGACCUAGUAUGAAUGUAAUUGGAAGGCCGCCUUCUGGUCUUGCAGAACAUUCAGAAUGGCGAUGGACCCAGCCAAAAAAAUCUGGAGUUCCAAUUAGAAGCUACGCAAAAGAAAUUGUGACGACAAUUUUCAUACCAGCUGUUUUGCUUCUCAUUUUAUUAGGACUUCUGAGCACAGCCCUUUGCCUUCACCACGAGAAGUUGGUCGAUCCGGAAUCAGAUCAAUAUUUCCAUGAACUCUUUAACAUUUUCCUUGAACGAAAGGAGGUCGCGAGAGAAAAGAAGGAACCAACUCCAGUGGAAGGUCUUCCAAAUAAUAAUGGAGUUCAAAUGGUCCAGUAUGCUACAUCCAGUAGAGGAACUUUAAGAUCGCUUUCAGCACAACCCUCAAGUCCGAAUGAUUCUUUGUCUCGCAGUCCCAGAAUCUCCACCGAACGGACCAAUCCUUACAUUCGGCCAAAUCCGCCUCCGUACAUGGGACCCAACAAUUUUGCUGGAAUUCGAGCGGAUUUCUGACUACACGAGGAGCCAGCUAAGACGUGGUUUUGCUAAAGUUGUCGAAAAUUUCGAUGGGCGAAGUUGCAAAGAUACGUGCAAAAUCACUAAAACUGGCUCCGAAGAAAAAUCUUCAAGAUACGAUUCAAGGAUCGCAUUUUACUUGUGGUAAUAUGUAAUACUGUUUGUAAUAAUUUAAUAAGGUAUUAUUACAUAAUUAUACCCAGAAGUAGAAAUUCAGAAGGAUAAAUUACAAUAUCUGUGCUCGUUGUUACUCUUUUAUAAUUCGCAAGUAAAAAUCUUAAUGAUUUCAUUGCAUAAUCAGUGUUUGAUGAUAAAUUUAUAUAAGAAAAUGUUUCUUUCAUAUA